GAACUUGAUCUUGACCAACAGGACUGGAUUCAUAGGAAAAAACUUUUGACUGAUUCCACUCACAGACAAGCAAAAAGUCUCAUUUGCCAAGCUUGGAUAUCUCAACCUCUCAUCAAACUCCCUUUUUCUUUUUAUUCAUCAUUCUUUCCCUCCAUUCCUGGGAUUGAACCUUGGCAGUCUGCGAGCUCGCCCCCUCCUUCUCACAGAGAGGGCGUAAAGUAAAAGUUGGCCCGGAGAUGCGGUCCCUUUUGCCGUUUACUGUGUAUUGCAUCAGCCUGGUCUCCCUCCAGCAGCUGUUGGCUUUGCCGGCUGGGGAGCGUCCCGACAGAAACAGUUUGGAUCUCCUCAACAAACUUAUCAACCAGAAGGAGGAUAUUUCCAUUUCUGUUGCAAGUCAGACCGGCAGCGUCGCCACGUCUUCAGCACCCAGCCAAACCCAAAAAUGGCUGCCUGGUUUCCUGAGACACCCACCAGCAUCAGGAGAGAGAACUGUCUCUCCUGGCCUGGCGUGGGCACAGCCAGCUAAGUCUUCGCAGAUCAGAGCUCGCCGUCAGGCUCACUCACGAGGGGGACACCACCACCCUCACCAAGCCCAGCUGAUGAGAGUAGGUUGUGUUCUGGGAACCUGCCAAGUCCAGAACCUCAGCCAUCGUCUGUAUCAGCUCAUUGGCCAGAGGGGUAGAGAAGACUCGUCCCCCAUUAACCCUAAGAGUCCCCACAGUUAUGGAUGAGUUAGCCAACACCUCAGAGCACCUACAGCAAGUCUAUCUAAAUUUAUCUCUAUUUAUUUAUCUUGUAUUUUAUUACUUGUAGUCUUUCAAGAGUGACGUAGCCCUCAACUUUCACUCAUCUUAGACUGCUGCCUCUAGUGUUUGUAUCGUUCAGGAUCCUGAUGGACCAAAUCCACUUUUAACCCUCUAAUCUGAAUUCUCCACCAUUGGCCUUCUGAAAGACGUUGACGUCUUUUCGAUUCUCCCUGCUGAAUACUCAAAGGAAACCAAGAGGCCUUGGACUGACAUUUUAAUCCCGUUAAUGGAAGACUCAAGUCUUGUCCUUAACAUCAUCCAACGAACUGUUCCCGUCUGCCAGCUGACCUCCCCAGCGGUGGUUAUCCUGCUGCUCAUUGAUCAAACACUUAAGCCUUUAAUGUGGAUUUUGAGCUGCACUAUAAGCUGGAGCCCUGUCAUAACCAAUGUAUUCCCCAAAAACCUUAAGAAUUACCCAAUGAACCCUUUUACCCCUGGCUUGCAUUCCCUGUUUUCUCAUCUUUUGAGUUAAAAUGCAAUUUAGAAACUAGUGGUGAUAUCCCUGGAAUAGUACACAAGGUUUAAUUUGGACUGGGAAUUCAUUACUCAGAAAGACUUUAUGUUUCAGGAAUGCUGUUUAUAUUAAAAAACCAUCCACAACAGUGACAAACAGGACAGUCAGAGAACAUUCUGAGUCUGGACCUCAUAACAUACAGUCCACGCUGGAAAAGAAGGAAAAUAAAGAGGGUCAGUCUGCAGCGCUUUGGAAGGAAUGCAAACAGAAACUGAGUCCCAUGAAGAUCAGUUUCAGUUUUGUGUUACAGUAGCUGCUUGGCUGACACAGUUGGUGGCAAAGCAAAUCUUGGAGCCAAGGAUCAGUGCUCCAUCACUUCACAGCAUUUUCCCCAUCAGACUGAAAUAUUAGCCUUUUCACGUGAUUCAUAAGUUUCCCCUGCAAGUCAGGACUUUGGGCUGACAGCAGUUUAAUAAACUUUGACCUAAUCUCUUCAGUCAUAUGUUUCGACACAGCGGGGUCAAAGGGAGGGUGUCUGAACCUUCCAUACUCUGCGAUGCUUAAUUAUGUUGCUUGCACAAAUAUGCACACAUGCAGACUUGGCAUUUAAGAGAAAACCAACAAAUAAGGAAGACAAGUUUACAGAGAAUUAAAUGGACACUUAAAUAUUGGUUACUCUUAAAUUACUUAACCUUUAUUGACCAGAAGUCUCGGUGUGCAUUUAUGUGUAAAUCCCUGAUUUCAUUUUCUUUUUACUGCAGGGCUUUGUUACUGAAAAAAAAUGUUUGUGGCACAAUUUUCUGUGGUUCAGAAACUAAACUCUUUUUCCCCUUACGUCACUUUCAUGCCAAGUGGAGGCCAAAAUGAGGCAACCAACAAGUUGACAAAUGUAAAAAUAAGUCAAAUCUGCUAAUAAAAACACGUUUGCCCUUAGAUUUGCUUUUUCCCAUUCAAUAUGCUGUUACAAUGCGGGUUUGAAAUGAGAGACCACAGUGACCAAAAUGUUAGGUUUAACUGUGCCCAUGUUCAAAUGUGAGCACAAAAUAGCACAAAAACACAUACCCCAACAUCUCCUUGUGUUCUGUUUAUGUCCGACUCUGAAAUGGUGGGCGGAUGAUGGACUAAGAAUAACUAAAGUAUAUUUACCAAACAUUUUUGAGGAGCAAUUUAAAUGUGCAUACUUCUACACUUGAGUUGCAAGCCUUAAUUAUAUGUCUGGGUGCCUCAUUGUGUAGUGUUUGAGUGGCUCAUCGUAGGAAUAAGGUCUCUUUUAGAUUUUUGUUUUUAAUUAUAAUUAUUCUGUGUAUUGUUUCUUCACAAGAGAAAAGUUUUUAUUAAUCCUUAAAGAGCAUUAGUUUGAACUCACCAAAUACCUGGUAAUACUUGACAAAUUGAGUGACUUUGUAGUAUGUGACCCACAUAUUGAUGUAUUUUUGUCUUUUUUCCUCAUCUUUUGUCUUUUUUCUGCUUUGUCAAUAAUCAUAGGGUCACAGGGUAAUAAUCAGAAAUUAUUUGUUUUUAAGUCUAAUCUGUUCAAAGGCUUGCUGAGGUGAAUCAUGCCUUUCUCUCUGCUGUAAUGGGGCUGAUCAUUGUCUCGUGACGGAUCAUUAAAGAGCUUUUGAGUUGCUUAAAAGACAAAAAAAACUCUGGUGGAUCUCUCUACUUUUUUGUUAAAUUCAAUAUUUUUCCACAUGAUGCGUGUGUGCAUGCGUUUGCGCUGCUAGCCUAUCAGGACACCUAUCUUCUGUGUUUGAUCUGCGCUCUGAACAAGUGUGCGACAAUUUUUUUUUUCUUGUUUUGUAUGUUGGGACGUCAGACGUUGCAUCACACGGAGUUGUGUGAGCACAACCACCAGUACCUCCCUAAUGAAAAACAUCCGGAGCAUUUCAAGGCUCCCUACGGCAAAGACAAGCAGGGAUGAGUCGUAAAAUGUUUCUGUUAAGGAUCGUGAGGUUUGUCUUCACUGGUUUUACAUUUAAGUCACAUGAUCUCCUUUAGGAUCACAGGACAGCACUUUAAUGCAAGCAUGUUGACAGUUUCUCACCACUUGAAUUUCACUUAUUGUAAUGAACUUGUGAAAACAGGAUGAGGUCCAUCAUGUAAAUGUUGCCUUUGAGAUUGUCUUCGAAUGUCUGGAGAUGUAAUUGCACUCCAUGUGACGUGAGGAUGAACAUUGUGUGCACCUGUCAAUAUAUAUAUAUAUGUAUAUAUAUAUAUAUAUAUA